CUCUAAACGAUUAUCUGCUUCUUACACCCAAGGAGAAACGCGUUAUUUUCUUGAUCGGUUUCUAGGGAGAGCUAAGGAGCACUUUUCAGUUUCACCGUUUUCUGGUGUUCUUCUUCCGAUCUCUCCUUUUUUCGAUGUUUUUAUUAUUUUCAAAGAGAUCUUACUAAAAAACGAAAUCUAAUUUCUUUUUUCUAGAUUUUAUUUUCUUUCACUCUGCAGUGAUCUCAGCUUUCUAGAAGUUUUUUUUUUUUUAAUUAGAUUCUUCCUUUUUGAUUCGACAGAUUUUGGUUUUUGAAUCUCAAAGUUCGUUCUCUUUACUUAAUUUAGAAUAAUAAUUUUUUUUCAUUUUUUCACAAUUUCCAAUGAAUGCAGUUGAUUUGAUACUUUGAUCAUUGUCAAAUUACAUUAGAAAUUUGAUUUUUAAAAGUAAAGAAUAUUUUGCCGUUUUUAUUCCGAGCUUGUAGCGACGUAUGAUGUGAUGCAACAUGUGAGAAAAAGAGAAUGUUUUCUGAAAUUUUCUCUCUGCAAAAAAAAAAAAAAAAAACUUAUCUUGUUUACCUUCUCUCAUAUUCAUUUCCUUUCAAAAUCAAGUUCGUUUUUUCUUCUUUGUUUUUCAAGCCUUUGUCUUUGCUUUUCUUUUUUCUUCGGGGAGGGGUAAACCGGUUUCCAGGUGUUGAAAUGAAUGGGAUUCAGAAAAGGAAAGGUCAGAAUAUUGAGAAAUUUCCAGGAUGCCUGGGCAGGAUGGUAAACCUGUUUGAUUUGAACACAGGUGUUCCUGGCAACCGGCUGCUUACUGAUAAACCGCAUCGUGAUGGUUCCUCGCACUCAAGGAGUCAAUCUGACGUGAUUGUUUCUGAGUUAAGGAGAACUUUGUCAAACAAGAAAGGUAAUGGAACACCCAUGAAGAUGCUCAUAGCCCAGGAAAUGUCAAACGAAGUGGAGUCUAAGCAUAACCCGUCCAAUGUGGUUGCUAAGCUGAUGGGACUCGAUGCAUUACCAAGGCAGCAGCAUAAUUUAGCUGCACAAAGAUGCCAUUUGAAAGGUUCUUCUCGGCAUUCUUUGAGUCAUUCUGAGAUACCAGUGGAAGGCUGGGAGCAAGGUCAAGGCUUUUCAGACAAGCAAAUGCAAUGUGAUGUAAAUCUUUGCCAAGAGCUGAACAAAUACAAAGAUGUUUAUGAAAUAUGGCAACAGUCCCCUCGGACAACUUAUGCAAGGGAUAGCUCUCCACAAAAAGGAAGCUAUAAUGAUAAUGUGAAUGAGAAAAAAAUGGCUCUAGUUCGUCAGAAGUUUAUGGAAGCAAAACAUCUCGUGACAGAUGAAAGGCUUCGCCAGACCAAGGAAUUUCAAGAUGCACUGGAAGUUCUGAGUUCCAAUAGGGAGUUAUUUCUCAAGUUUCUGGAAGAGCCAAAUUCCACGUUCUCUCAACGUCUCUACAAUUUCCGGUCUUUACCUCUACCUCCUGAGACUAAGUGUAUCACUGUUCUUAGACAUUCUAAGAUGGUUGACAAAGAGAAAUUUGCUGGAAUAUGGAAGAAAGGUGAUAAACAGACAAAGAAACCAUCACAGAUGGUUCAAGUAACUGGGUGGGAUAGAAAUAAAAAUGCAUGUUCUUCUCCUUUCCCCAGUCUAAAAGUUGAUGAAUAUCCUUCCCAACCAACUAGAAUAGUGGUAUUGAAGCCCGGCCCAGGGAAGACUCAGGACAAUAAGACUGUGGCAUCUCCAUCUCCAUCAUCACCUAGAAUAUUAAAGAGUGAAGAUUUUUAUGGGGAACCUGAAGAUGACGAUGCACGAGAAUCAAGAGAAGUGGCAAAGGAAAUCACUAGGCAGAUGUGUGAAAAUCUGAUGGGUCACUGGAGGGAUGAAACAUUGAUUUCUUCUGUGUUUUCUAAUGGCUACAUUGGUGAUGAUAGUUCAUUUAAUAGAUCUGAAAAUGGGUAUGCUGUGGAAAACCUAAGUGAUUCGGAAGUCAUGUCACCAACUUCUAGACAUUCAUGGGAUUACGUCAAUAGGUUUGGUAGCCCUUAUUCUUCCUCUUCUUUCAGUCGUGCAUCUUGUUCUCCUGAGUCCUCAGUUUGCAGGGAAGCAAAGAAGCGGCUUUCAGAAAGAUGGGCCAUGAUGGCAUCAAAUGGGAGUUCUCAGGAACAAAGACACAUCAGGAGAAGCUCAAGCACAUUGGGUGAGAUGCUUGCUCUCUCUGAUACAAAGAAGUUGCUGAGAUCUGAAGAGGGAAGUAAUAAGGAACAAGAACCUAGGGGAUCAACUUCCUGUAUAGCUAGUAAUUUGAAUAAAGAAGAAAGUACAAGUGAUUCUCCCAAGAAUCUUGUCAGGUCAAAAUCUGUACCUGUGUCUUCUAGUGUGUGUGGUGCAAGGCUUAAUGUUGAAGUUUCUGAUCCCGAAGCUGGCAAAGAACAAGUUUCCAAGCAACUGACAAAGGCAAAGAGCAUGAAAUCAUCUUUAAAAGGGAAAGUGUCAAGUUUAUUUUUCUCAAAGAAUAAGAAAACGAAUAAAGAAAAAUCUAGUGGAUCUCAUUCUACAGAUGAAUCUCCUUCUGCAACUCCUGGAACACCUCGGUCAUCCAUAAUUGAUCCUCGAAAGAUUAGCAAUGAUGCAUCUCAGUGUGUUAAUGACAGUUGCAUCCAAGAGUGUUUGUCUCCUGUUCUAGGUGGAUUGAAAAGUAAAACUCCUUUACCAGAUUUGACUAGCGUGGGACAGAAGCAAGGCAUGAUUUCUGUAGAGGGAGGGCUGUCUGUAGUAAAACCUUCAAUACCUAUCCAUAUAAGUGAGAAUCCGGACCAGCCAAGUCCUAUCUCAGUUUUAGAACCUCCAUUUGAGGAGGAUGAAAACACAAUUCCAGCAUCAUCCGGCGGUAUCAAACCAGUGCACCUAGGACUGGAGGUGCCACCUAAGUCUAACUUGAUUGACAAGUCACCACCUAUAGGAUCAAUUGCUCGCAACCUGUCAUGGGAUGAGUCUUGUUCAGAGACAGCCACAUUAUAUCCAUCAAAAUUAUCUUCGGUUUCCCCAGGUGCCAAGGAGGAACAAGAUUGGGUUUGCUCUAUCCAAUCACUAUUAUCAGCCGCUGGUCUCAAUGGCGAGGUGCAGUUUAAAUCAUUUAUUGCCAGAUGGCAUUCGCCUGAAAGCCCACUGGACCCAUCCUUGAGGGACAAAUAUGCCAACUUGAAAGACAAGGAGCUUCUCCAUGAGGCUAAGCGAAGAAAAUGGAGAUCAAACAGGAAGCUUGUGUUCGACUGUGUCAAUGCAGCAUUACUGGAAAUCACAGAUUAUAGGUCAGACAAUUGCAUGAGAGCAAUGUCAUUCGGCGGAGCCCAGAUGAGGGUCAUGGAUGGUGCAUCACCCAUGCUGGUUGACCAUGUGUGGGCCCAAAUGAGGGAAUGGUUUUCCCACGAGGUGAAAUGUUCCUUGGGUGACGACGAAGACAGCAACAGCAUGAUCUUGGAAAGGAUGGUGCAGAAAGAACUGGUGGGUAAAGGGUGGGUUGAUCACAUGAAAUUGGAAGUAGAUAAUUUGGGAAGAGAAAUAGAAGGGAAGUUGGUAGAAGAGCUUGUGGACGAGGCAAUCGUCGAUUUGACCGGUAGCGUCUUUUGAGGCUUUUUUUUUUUUAACCUCUCCUUCCUCUAUUAAUUGUAACUUUAUUAUUUUGUGAAUUUGUGCAUUUGAUGUUCAAGAAAGAUGAUGCUAUCCACCUUAUUUGUUAAUGCUGCACGAAUGUUUAUAUAUAUUUCUAAUAUUUAA